CCUAUUUUUUUCCUCCACUCCAUCAUCAUCAUCAUCAUCCCUCUCUAUUUCUCAGGAGAUGAUGCUCGGCUCAGGCACACCUGCUUUUCACCUAUCGGCUCAGGCUUAAGUGUAAUUCCUCCAGGUUUUCCGUCAACCUUCCCUGCGGUAUUCAGUCAGCUGCCUCAAUCAGAGAAGUAUUUCUUUAAACAGAGCUGCCUGUGUCGGCGGCUGAUCCUCCUCUUUAUUUUCCUCCUCCUCCUCCCUGCUCUCGGUGAGGGCUGCCGGGGAUGGAAGCCCGCGCUAGUCGCCUCUUCAUGGACUCGCUCUUGACGGCUAUUCUCAUUCGCGCUGUAUCUCAGAGGUGCUGACUGGAAAAACAUGCCGUUGAAAUGGAAAAGCGGUUCGCCCGUCAGCUGGAAAUUUCCCGUGCCCGUGCUUAAAACGUCCAGGUCCUCCCCACUCUCGCCAGCAUACAUCCCCCAGCACUCGUUUGUGGUGUGGACCACCCACUCUCUGCUUGCUGCAUCGCCAACCUAUCACCUGACAGGAUCACUGGUGGAAGAUGAUGAUGCUCAGAUGAUGAAGGUGUCACUGGGAUGCAGUGAAAUGGGGCUCUCUUCCCACUUGCAGGCCUCAAAAACAGGAAACACACGCUUCUUUACCAGCAACACACACAGCUCUGUGGUUUUACAGGGUUUUGACCAGUUGAGGAUAGAGGGCCUGCUGUGUGAUGUCACAUUGGUGGCGGGAGAUGGGGAUGAGGCAUUUCCUGUUCACCGAGCCAUGAUGGCCUCCUCCAGCGACUACUUUAAAGCCAUGUUUACAGGUGGAAUGAAAGAGCAGGAUUUGAUGUGUAUAAAGCUGCAUGGUGUGAAUCGAAUAGGGCUAAAGAAGAUUAUAGACUUCAUUUACACCGCCAAACUCUCUCUCAACAUGGAGAACCUACAGGACACCCUAGAGGCUGCUAGCUUUCUCCAGAUCCUGCCUGUCCUUGACUUCUGCAAAGUCUUUCUCAUUUCUGGGGUGUCGCUGGACAACUGCGUGGAGGUGGGGCGCAUCGCCAACACUUACAACCUCACAGAGGUGGACAAAUACGUCAACAACUUUAUCCUGAAGAAUUUCCCCUCGCUACUUGGCACCGGCGAGUUUGUCAAACUUCCAUUCGAACGUCUAGCGUUUGUGCUCUCCUCCAACAGUCUAAAACACUGCAGCGAACUGGACCUGUUCAAAUCUGCGUGCCGCUGGUUACGCUACGAAGAAGGCCGAAUGGAAUAUGCCGCCAAGCUAAUGCGCAAUAUCCGAUUCCCCCUAAUGAGUCCGACAGAACUCAUAAACCACGUACAGACUGUCGACUUCAUGCGUACGGACAAUACCUGUGUUAAUCUUUUAUUAGAAGCCAGCAACUACCAGAUGAUGCCAUACAUGCAGCCGGUGAUGCAGUCGGAACGAACUGUGAUCCGUUCAGACAAUACCCAUUUAGUGACCCUAGGGGGCGUGCUACGGCAACAGCUUGUUGUAAGUAAAGAGUUGCGACUUUUUGAUGAAAAAGCACAUGAAUGGAAGGCACUGGCACCCAUGGAUGCCCCACGCUACCAGCAUGGGAUCGCAGUGAUCGGGAACUUUUUGUAUGUGGUCGGGGGACAGAGUAACUAUGACACGAAAGGUAAAACAGCUGUGGAUACCGUGUUUCGAUACGACCCGAGGUAUAACAAGUGGUUUCAGGUGGCGUGUCUGAAUGAGAAGAGGACCUUUUUUCAUCUGAGCGCUCUCAAAGGACAUCUAUACGCUGUGGGUGGGAGAAACGCUGCAGGAGAGCUGGCAACUGUGGAGUGUUAUAACCCCAGGACAAACGAAUGGACGUAUGUGGCCAAAAUGAGCGAGCCGCAUUAUGGACACGCAGGCACCGUUUACGGAGGAUACAUGUAUAUUUCAGGUGGAAUAACCCACGACACCUUUCAGAAGGAGCUCAUGUGCUUCGACCCGGAUGCUGAUAAGUGGUCUCAGAAGGCUCCCAUGACCACGGUCCGUGGCCUGCACUGCAUGUGCACGGUUGGAGACCGCCUCUACGUCAUUGGAGGAAACCAUUUCCGGGGCACAAGCGACUAUGACGACGUGCUGAGCUGCGAGUACUACAGUCCCGCCCUGGACCUGUGGACGCCGAUCGCCGCCAUGCUUCGUGGGCAGAGCGACGUGGGCGUGGCUGUGUUUGAGAACAAGAUCUACGUGGUGGGCGGCUACUCGUGGAACAAUCGCUGCAUGGUGGAGAUUGUUCAGAAAUAUGACCCCGAGAAGGACGAAUGGCACAAAGUGUUCGACUUGCCCGAGUCCCUCGGUGGCAUCAGAGCCUGCACUCUGACCGUAUUUCCGCCCGAGGACCUCUCACUCUCUGGCUCACCAAACCGCGAGUCUCCUCUGUCUGCUCCUUGAGAAUGGAUGGAGGGAGAGUGAGAGAGACAAAGGAAUAAAACAGACUGAUUGGUUGACAGACAUGCAGAUGGAUGAGUAGAUGCAACUCCAUCACCCCAGUCUCUCUUGUUCUCUCUCUCUCUCUCUCUCUCUCUCUCUCUUUCUCUUUCUCCCUCUAUCUCUCUCUGUCCCCACAGGAAAAAGACAAUGUUUGCACUCCCCACUGAUAUACGUUUCAAUGGUGUCUGUGGUGAAACCCCAUCCCUUCCCUCAAAACGAUUCCACUUCUCUUCCUCAUCCCAUCCCUUCGCUUCUCUCCUCCUGAGAGCAAAUGCUGAAAAAAUCCUUCCGUCCCCUCUUGAUGAGAAAGAAAAAUGGAAGCACUCACAGGGUUGGGUGUAACUACAUGUUAACAUUGCAUUUGGGGGGGUUGUUGUGUCUCUUUUGGCAGGAAUAACCUUAACUUGAACAACAAAUGACUUUGCAAUUCAACUUUUCUACCUGAGUCUCCAGAGUUUUGCUAUGAAGACUUUGUUCCCUGAUCCUACCUAUUCUGAGGUCGCCUACCCCCUCACUAUUUUCUCUCUCUCGCUCUCUCUCCAUUAUGCCCGCUCAUUUUUCCCGUUUCUGUCCACUCUCACCCUUUGCCCAGUUUUUUACCCUCAUUCUCUUGUCACUCUCAGGGGGUCAGUUGACCUUUGACCACAGGAUGAGGAAACAGUUUUAAACUCAGGGGUUGGCCUGCCCCCAUCCCUCCCUGCCUAACUGAUAUUUCAUUUCUCUACUCCUGCUGUUGUUAUGAACCAUUAACAGAAUUGUGUUUUCUA